CGCAUCCGCCUCUCUCUUCUCUGCAACUGCAAGCUCCGUCUUCAGCAAGCAUCAGGCUGUAGACGUAGCCAUCAAGCAGCUGCCUUGGAUCCCGGCCCUGCGCGUGUAGCAACACUCACAUCAGACCUGCAUGGAGGACGCUUCCUCUCGCGUCUCGUCUCUCCUCGGGUUGCUGUUAGCCGCCCACUGCGCACUCUUGCUCUUGCUCCGUUUGGCUGGAGCUGCUCACGGCCACGGUUACGCUCCCGCUCCUGGCGGCGGCGUGGCGCUGAGCUCCGCGUUCUACGACGAGUCGUGCCCCAGCGCCUACGACGUCGUCCGGCGCGUCAUCCAGGAUGCGCGCGUCUCCGACCCGCGCAUCCCGGCCAGUCUCAUCCGCCUGCACUUCCACGACUGCUUCGUCAACGGUUGCGAUGGCUCGCUGCUGCUGGACGACGAUCUCCCGGCGAUCCAGUCGGAGAAACACGUGCCCGCCAACGACAAAUCAGCGCGUGGCUUCGAGGUGGUCGAUGGCAUCAAGAGCGCGCUGGAGGAAGCGUGCCCUGGCAUCGUCUCCUGCGCCGACAUCCUCGCCCUGGCAGCCGAGAUCUCCGUCGAACUCGCUGGAGGGCCACGAUGGAGGGUGCUGCUCGGCCGGCGAGACGGCACGACGACUAACAUCGAGGGCGCCAACAACCUACCCAGCCCAUUCGACCCGCUCGACAAGCUCCAAGAGAAGUUCAGAAACUUUAACCUGGACGACACCGACCUCGUCGCCCUCCAAGGAGCACACACUUUUGGUAAAGUACAGUGUCAAUUCACACAAGAGAACUGCACAGCUGGGCAGCCAGAGGAAACACUAGAAAACCUAGACCAGGUCACCCCCAACGUGUUUGACAACAAGUAUUACGGUAACCUCCUGCAUGGCGCCGCACAGCUACCCUCCGACCAGGUCAUGCUGUCGGCGGACCCUGUCGCGGAGAUGACGACCGCUCCCAUUGUUCAUCGGUUUGCAGGCAACCAAGAAGACUUCUUUAGAAACUUUGCCGCAUCUAUGGUUAAGAUGGGCAACAUAAGCCCGCUAACUAGGAACGAUGGAGAGAUACGGAAAUUUUGCCGAAGGAUUAAUAGCGAAGGCUAUUGAAAACUUCUUUUUCAAUUUGAUCGAUUUGGAUUCCUUAAUUUUUCUGUGACCAAUUGUGAAGUAUGUGUAAAAAUUCAUUCGAUCUUUCAGUUUUUUUUUCUUCUCAUUCUUUGUUUUUCUUAUGAGGUUUUCCUCAUUGUUUGUAAAAUGUUCCGCUUUUAUCUUUCUAGAAGUAAAGCAAAUGUGAAAAUGUUUUACCUGCUUCCGGCCUCCUAAAUAGCGGAGAGAAUAAAAUGGAUAUGGAUAAAUUUUGGAUA